GGAAUUGAAAUCAUGUUCGAAAAAAACAAACAAAACUCGAUGAAAUUUUAGUUUUUUUUUUUGUAAAAAAAUUCUUGAAAUAAUCUGAGAAUAAAUGAUGGAAACACCAAAACUUCCUUUGGAAAAAUUUGGUCAUUAUUUUCAAAAUGUUUAUGAACCAGCCGAAGAUACAUUUCUUCUAAUCGAUGCAUUAGAACAGGACAUUGAAACAAUCAUUAGAUUAAAACCAUUAAUUUGUUUGGAAAUUGGAACUGGUUCUGGUUCGGUAAUCACAUCGUUGGCUAAAAAACUUGGACCAAAUCAAUGUUUUUAUCUAGCUACUGAUUUGAAUGGUGAAGCUUUGGAAUGUUCAAGAAAAUGUUUUGAAUACAAUACUCUUAUCGAUAAUCUACAUCCAAUUCGUUGUAAUCUUUCGCAAGCUUUUCGUUCUGAUCUUUUAUCCGAUCUGAUUGUUUUCAAUCCACCUUAUGUUCCAACCGAUUCGAAUGAAUCGUUAGAAUCAUCGGAUAUUAUUGCCGCUGCAUGGGCAGGUGGCAAAGAUGGUCGACAAAUAAUCGAUCGUUUUAUCGAUGAAACUCUGGUGAAUCAUCUGAAUCGACCGAAUGGCCUGGCAUAUUUAGUCGCAUUGGAACAAAAUCGAAUCGAUGAUAUUAUCCAUCGUGCAAAACAGAACAAUUUCAAAUGUCAACGAAUAUUAACUCGCCGAUGUGGAAUUGAAAAGUUAUCGAUUCUUAAAUUUGAACAUCAACACAAAUAAUUUUAAUCAAAU